CAACUAAAAAAGUUUAGUGGUGAACAAUAAAGAAAAUAGAGUGUUAAUAAUUAUUGUCUUCAGCUGGAACCAUCAGUCUUAUAGUGUAGUUGCCCUUUGCAAAUUUGAUGUUCUUAAAACUAGCUCGUUUGCCCCGAAGUUUUGCUUCUCGGGUAAAUAUUUGUUUUAAGAACAUCCAAUUUCCAUCAGGCAACAAUCAGCUGAUCGUUCCUUGAAAGAAACACUCUAAUGUUUAAGCAGAAACAUGAUAUGAAACCAAUCAGCACACAUACACUGUAUUUUCUCUGGGCUACGUGUACAUGUAUUUUCUAUUACUCUUGAACAAUUUAGAGCAGCUAUUUUACUUUGCAGGUUGCUUUGAGUUAUUUGAAAAGUUGCAUCAAUUGGUUAUGUUUUAUGUAAGAUGUUUUUUCAUGGCUGUUUAAGAAUCUCUGUACCUAGACUGGUUUCUAAGAGAAAAUAAUGAACUUGGCUGUGUGUCUUUGACUGAUCACUCAUAGAAAAUGAGAGCAAAUAGUCACUAAUUAAUUAGCAGACAUUCUAAAGCCAAAAAAUUCAUGAUUAAUAACUUUCAUUUGAAGAAUAUUUAUGUGCAUCAGCUGCAUGUAAUUGUAUUUUAUCAAUAGCUAGACAACAAUGGGAGAUGCAAGUAAACCAGCCGAUUUCCAAUGGCACACACUGUACGGUUUAGCAAGACUCUCCUUUUUGCUCACAUUUUGAAGCUGAACCUUUUCCCUUCUUUUCAUGAAUUAUUUUAUAGUCCAGUCAUGGCUGCCAUCAAGAAGCUGAUGUUAAUUAAACUGUAGAGAAGCCAUUAGUGUUUGUUUGCAGUUACUUGUAUGACCCUAGUGACGUAAACUGAUUGUUGUUAUUCGCUCCAAGGGAAUAAUUAAUUCUUUGAGUGGCUUUGUUACUUAUUAACUUUUGUCUCUGUAGUCAAUGAGUUUUGUUUGUAUGUAUUUUGUUUGUAGGGAAAUCUCUAAGUGCUCCAGUUUGUUACUAUGUCAGCGGCUGAAAAUAACAGGGAUAGCAGUUCAAACCAAGAAUCCCAAUCCAAGACUCAAGAUACAGAUGCUUUUAAAAAAGGCACACCUAGUGACCGUGAACUAGAUGACUUGGCAUUGAAGAUUGGUGCAGUGUGGGAAAAACUUGGAAUUCGCCUUGACAUUUCUCAUGAUGUAUUGGAAGGAAUAGAUGCCAAUGCAAAAGAUAAACCAUUUGAGAUGUUACUUCGCUGGAGAAAUACAACAACAUCUACUACACCUUAUCGUGAACUCUUUGAGGCCUUGUGUCAUAGUAGAAUUGGUCUAAAUAACUUGGCCAAAGAAUUUUGUUACAUACCAGCUGGGAAGAGAGAGUUGCCACGUUCAAGUAACCAUCCAGAUCAACGACAGCAGGCAGUGCCAUUUCACCAAGCUUAUCACUUUCUCGUUGUGGAUGAGGACUUUCGAAUAAGACGAAGAAACCAAUGA